UCAGACUAUUGCACCGAACAGACACCACGGCAGCUCCUGCACUGCUGGUGUGCAGUCGCAAGGCGAGGCCAGGUCAGCUCACACAAACGGUCAUGUUUGCUAGCCCAACGCAGCGGCUGUGGCAAGAAUCGCCCAGAUAACAAUUCAGCAGCAUACAGUACAUCGGUACGGUCCUUCCUUAUUGGGAAGACACGGGCCCACCAAGUGAAGAGACCCGAGGACAUAUUAGACCAUCUUGCAACACCCACGGCUAUGACAUCCAUCGCGAGUCUAGCCCAACGGUGGCUCUCUCAAGACAAGGAUAAAAACACAAGACUCGAGAUAGAGCAGCUGCUGAGAGACAGCAACCAUGCCGAACUGGAACUUCGACUCAGAAAGCGAAUCGCUUUCGGCACUGCCGGUCUUCGUGCAUCCAUGAAAGCCGGGUUCGCUUUCAUGAACUCACUCACAGUCUUGCAAGCCUCCCAAGGACUGGCCGACUACAUACUCGCACAGAGUGCAUCAAGCUCCAAAGAAAGCCCAAGCAUUGUGGUCGGCUAUGACGCUCGCCACAAUUCUGAGAGAUUUGCGCGCCUUGCAGCUGCAGUUUUCCUGGAAAAGGGCUUUACAGUCCUCUGGUUUGGCCAGCUUGUGCACACUCCCAUGGUCCCCUUUUCAGUCACCCAUUACGCGGCAGCGGCAGGUGUGAUGGUCACAGCUUCGCAUAAUCCCAAGAACGACAACGGAUAUAAGGUGUACUGGUCAAAUGGCAGCCAGAUCAUUCCUCCUCAUGACGUCGGUAUCGCUGCUGCCAUAGACCAUGUCCAAGACAUCGCAACAUGGGAUGAUUCACUUGUUGAUAGUCACGAGAAUCUCGUGUGGCCACUUCCGACUGUCGAGCAAGCCAUGCCUUUUACUUAUACACCACUGCAUGGCGUAGGUUUGAAGUUUAUGAAGCAGAUAGCUUAUAUGCUAUGGUUCACCACAUCGAUGCGAGAAGUUGCCGCACAAGCUCAGCCCGAUCCCGAGUUCCCGACAGUUCCAUUUCCGAACCCAGAGGAGAAAGGGGCUCUAGAUCUUGCCAUACAAGAAUCAAGCAGGCAUCAUACCGACAUUAUCCUGGCCAACGAUCCAGAUGCCGAUCGUUUCUCCGUUGCACAGCGCCUAAGUCGCGGCCAGUAUCAUCAGUUCACAGGCAAUCAAAUCGGCAUCCUUUUCGCAUCACACGUUUUUGAGACAUUUCCAGGCGACAAAAGCAAGCUAGCCAUGCUCGCUUCUACGGUAUCCUCACGAAUGUUGGCAAGCAUGGCAGCGAAGGAGGGCUUCCACUUUCAAGACACUCUCACAGGGUUCAAGUGGCUUGGAAAUGUUGCACAAGAUCUGAAGAAGCACGGCUACGAGCCAGUUUUCGCCUUCGAAGAGGCCAUCGGCUUCAUGUUUCCUUCCGUGGUCUGGGACAAAGAUGGCAUUGCAGCUGCCGCGGUGUUCCUGAUCGCUUGGCAGAGGUGGAAGAAGCAAGGCCUAACACCGUAUCAAAAACUCCAGCAGCUUUACGAGGCUUAUGGUUAUUUCGAAGAUGCCAACACAUAUCUGAUCUCGCCUUCGCCUGAUGUGACGAAUAGAGUGUUCAACGAUAUUCGUGUUUCCAAUGCAGGCGAACGACCCGAAAAGCUUGGGAAGCGGAUUAUCGGACGUUGGCGAGACCUCACGCUUGGCUAUGACAGUGGCACUGCAGAUCAUAAGCCCGUCUUGCCUGUCGAUGCUACUGCUCAGAUGAUUACUUGUGAGCUUGGCAAUGUGGUGUUCACAGUCAGAGGCUCUGGAACGGAACCGAAGAUCAAGCUUUACAUCGAAGCAAAAGGCGACUCCUCGCAGACUGCGAAGGCGGAAGCGAAGGAGGUGCUGCAAGAUUUGUUGGCGGAGUGGUUCAAGCCGGAGGUUUAUGGCUUGAGACUGGCUGGGAAUUGAGCAGACGAUUGAAAUUUCGAUGCUUAUAUAAACGAUGGGCUGAACGCCCCAAACAGGCGAAGACAGUCUUACCUUUCGUAUUUUCUCGCAAUCGGGGAAUAUGUUGUUCAGCAGACAUGAUCUCAGCACUAUGGGGAUAGGUAGAUCUUCAUCAUCGCAAGCGUAGCAGAAAUGUACCACGACCUGUCCCUGCCACG